AUGUUUGUCACGACAUCGGUGCCCAGCACCCACUUCGCUCCCCCUGCCUCUGCUCCGGACUUCACGCCGGUGACAUCGCCGCCGUUACCUAAGACGGCAUCGAUGCGCGGGAGCACAGCUCACGAAGGCGUUUCUGCCACCGUCGCACACACUGGCGGUGGCAGAAAUAACAUUAACAAUGGUGGCACCGCCAGUGGUGCGUGUCACAGCAGGAGCAGCGGUGCUGGACCUUCUCCACGCGGCGGCGGCGACCCAACCGGCAAAGGCACUGCUAGUGGAGAGACGAGCCCAAAGCCGCUGAGCAUCGUAGCGGAAGUCCUCGGUAGAGAGGAGAACAAACUGCCUGUUCUCACGGUAAGCUCAGAAAGCCUUGAAAAGGAAGCUUCCCAAGGAGGCCACACUGUCAAGUCCGCAGUGACGAUUUCCACGACCGCCAUGCCUCCAACCGCAGUUUCAAACGCGGUGCCGGUGGCGUUGGGAACGGUGCGCGAGAGCCUCGUGCAGUGGCGCCACCCACUGCGACCGGUUGCGUUUCGCGAGUGGUACAUCUCCUGCUACUGUAACGAGCAGCAGGUGCGGUGGAUCGAGAAGAUUCAGCAUAUGUGCGAUCUGCUGCAGCCGCUGCUUGUGCGGUACUUUCAGUUGUGGAGCCUCACUGGCGAGGCCGAGUUCUACACGCUGCUCAUUCCGACGAUGAUUUGGCUUGGCACGCCGUUGAGUGGCGUGAAAAUUUCCUCACUGCUAUGCGUGGGACAGUACGUGACUGGGACCAUGAAAGACUUUUUCUGCUGCCCACGUCCGCCAUGCCCACCGCUUCAGCUGCACGGCAAGCGCGACACUCACGACAAGGAGUACGGAUUCCCAAGCACCCACUCUUGUCAUAGUGGCGUCUUCUCCUUCUUUCUGUACUGUGAGCUGGUAUACGUCUUCCCUAAUCACGCUUUUCUGUGCUGUCUGGCAGCUGUCUACUACUUUGCGAACGUCAGCUUCUCGCGCAUCUAUCUGGGCAUGCACUGGAUCGGUGACGUGAUCGGUGGCUACAUGGUGGCCUUUCUUACUAUCGUCUUUCACAUCGCCUUCCUCGAUCGAUGGGAGGCCUACAUCCUAGAGCGUACAGACACGCCGUGGUGGGCGUAUGUACUGGUGUACGUCACCCUGCACCUGCUCUCCAUGGCCCACGCCACCCCUCAUGACCCGUGCCCGUGCUACAUUGAUAGUCUGCGCUUUACCGGUGCGAUAGUGGGCUCGACACUUGGUUUCUGGAGUUUCUACUCGAUCUACGGCACCCUGGCGGCACGCCCAAAGCCGGAUCACCUGUUCGACGUAGUCUUCUCCUUCAACUUUCUGCUUCAGUGGGUCGUGUGCAUCACCAUCGUCUUAGCCAGCAAGGAGUUCUCGUCGCUCACUUCCGGUUUUGUACUGAAGGUGGUCUUCAAGUUCGUGUCGGGCGCGUACGCGGCGCGGUUGCCCAGACCCCUUCAGGAGCCCUACUUAGUUAUGGCAAAGGUGAUCGGGCUGACCACGCUUGGGAACGAGCGAGAGUCGCAGCCCAACAUCCCUCUCACCGCUCACAAUUCCGUCAGGCAGCACUGUAGCUUCAACGACGGCUGUCUCCAGGACGGAAAAGCCGCCACUGCCGCCUGCAACAGGAACAAGCCGAGCCCAUGCAUAGAUAUAGAAGCGGCUGAGAGACCGGACGGGUACUUGAACAGUCAGCAAGUAUGGUCUCUCCGCACCCACCGUCACUGGUGGCUCUGGGAUGUGCACAAGCGCACCGUUUCGUACGUAGUCACUGGCUUCGUGACCAGCUUUGUAUGCCAGGUGCUUUUGCGGGAAGGGUUUGGGGUUGGCCACGAGCUUGCCGAUCACACGGCACAUUAUCUGCGGCCGCUACUACCGUCGCCAGAGUGA